AUGUCAACAUCCUCCGGCAGUAUUACAACUUUUGAUGGUGUUACGCUGAGAUAUAUUACCGCCGGAAAUACCUCUGGCCCUGUUCUGCUCCUGAUUCCUGGCUGGGUCCAAACUGCGAUCCAAUGGCGAAAGCAAAUUGCAUAUUUCAGCACCAACUACCGUGUCAUCGCUAUUGAUCAUCGUGGCCAAGGUGACUCUGACAAGCCUGGCCGAGGGUACCGAAUUACAAGAUUGGCCGCAGAUUUACACGAAGUCAUCACUCAGCUGGAUCUUGAGGAUGUAACUCUUUGUGGGCAUUCUAUGGGCUGUUCAGUAAUCUGGGGAUAUUGGGACACUUUCGAAGCUUCUCGCAAAAGAGUCUCUCGCCUCAUACUUAUCGAUCAAUCGCCUUGCAUGAUCGCGGAUCCAGCAUGGGAAUCGGGCGUCGCAAAAUCCCUAGGGGCUAUAUUUACACAUGCUAAAACUCUUGAAAUGGGGGCCAGUCUCCGCGCAGCCGGAGGCCAUGAGUUUGCAUCGGCAUUCUUGAGAUCCUUGUUCUCACCAUUGUUGAGUACAGAAGACUUUGAAUGGAUGGUGCAGCAAUGCAGCAAGAUGAAGCUCGAGGAUGCUGCGGCAUUGCUGGUAAACCACGCUGCCCAGGAUUGGAGAGAUGUUCUACCAACGAUCACUGUCCCCACGCUCGUUGUCGGUGCUGAGGGGAGCGUUAUGGGUGGAGAGUGUAGUCGAUGGAUUGCUUCGCAGAUACCCGGCAGCCGAGUAGAGAUAUUUGAGGAAGACGAAGGUGGCAGCCAUUUCAUGUUCUGGGAAAACGAUGCCAAAUUCAACACAAUAGUUGAAGAGUUCCUUCAAAAGCGAUAG